CUCCUCUCAUAAACGGAGUCAGAGCGCACCAGCGUUUCCCAGAUACUUCCAGGAGAAGCAGCGGCUCGCAUUGACAACUUUUGAGCGCGACCUAUGGCACAAAACUAGCAGGGUGGACUACUCCCUGACCACUUUUAUUAACUCCUAAGGUGUAUGGAAAUUGCUCCUGGAUGGACCUGGGCGAAAACAGCUGGUCCAUGGUCAAGCGAGAAGCAUCCAGCAGCCCAGGCUCACCGGCUGAGCAGAGCUACCUGUCCGGUGACAGCAGGAGGGACGUUCCGACCUCGGAGGGGUUGAGGACACCUCCGAGUGAGCUUGACGCACUGGGCCACCGCCGCUCCGACGGCAGAUCAAUACACUCCUACGUUCACUUCGGACACCACAACAACACCCUGACCACUGCCGAGGACGUCCCGCUGUUUACGGACUUGGAUCAGGGCAGUAAACUCGUCCUCUCCAGCGGUGCGCACAAGGCGAGCUUGUUGGUGGACUCAGCCGACAUGUACCAAACACUGGCCAUCGCCGCAGCCCAAAGCCAGACUGGAUAUGAUUCCUCCUCUGGUGGUUAUAUGCACUCCAACCCCAACUCUCCCGUGUACGUGCCCAGUUCCCGAGUGGGCCCCAUGAUCCCAAGCCUGUCUUACCUGCAGGCCAGCGGCUCUGCGCAGCCCAGCCACGCCGUCUCCAGCCACUCGGUCUGGUCACAGUCCGCGCCGGAGAGCCCCUCGUACAACACCGGGAGCCCGCACACCUCCAGCCGGUUCCACUAUCCCCCAAGUCCGCCCAUGAAUAACGGAACGCCGAGAGACAGCGGAUACAGCAACAUAAACAUGAGCAACCGAGACCAGUACGGCCUCUCUCGGCCCCUCAGCGGCACCUACGCGAGUCCAUACUCUCCAUAUGUUGCACCACAGCUCUCCCAGCUGCCCUCGCCUUGGCCCGGAGGACCCUUCGAGAACACCAUGCUGCACACUCUGCAGAGCAGGAGUGGGCCCUUGAUCCGAGGACCAAACGGAGUUUCAGAUAUUCUGGACGAUUUGGGGGAGAGCAGGGAGUGCGUCAACUGCGGCUCCAUCUCCACGCCGCUGUGGAGGCGCGACGGCACGGGCCACUUUCUCUGCAACGCCUGUGGCCUGUACAGCAAAAUGAAUGGACUGAGCAGGCCAUUAAUUAAACCACAGAAACGGACGUCCACGUCCAGAAGAAUCGGUCUGUCCUGCGCUAAUUGUCAAACCAGCACCACCACUCUUUGGCGCAGAAAUGCGGAGGGAGAGCCGGUGUGUAACGCAUGUGGCCUCUACACAAAAUUACACGGGGUACCUCGACCGCUCGCCAUGAAGAAAGAGGGAAUUCAGACAAGAAAAAGAAAACCGAAAACACUGAAUAAAACAAAGGGAUCCUCUGGAAAUAACAACUCUAUCUCUAUGACACCUACAUCCACCUCUUCAUCCAAUUCUGAAGACUGUUCAAAAACAAGCUCUCCUUCUGCACAAGUGUCAGGGGUCAGUUCGUCCGUGCUGUCCAGCUCAGGGGAGGGAACAGGCUCCGGCUCAGUGAUGAAGUAUCCGGCACAGGACAGCCUGUACACCAGCGUGGGCUUGACUCAGCCAUCAGAUGUAGCUUCAGUGAGGGGUGAACCCUGGUGUAUGGCCUUAGCUUGAACAACUAAAUCUUUUUUUUUUUUUUUUUUGGGAGGACAGCAAUCCCCGGCCCCUUCUGUCUGGAUGCUCUGUGUUGUGGAAGUAUUUCGAGGGACAUUGUUUGUUUCCUUCCUUGCAGAAGAAGCGUUGGACGGUGGGGUGGGGUGGGGGUUGGGGGGGGGGGGGGUUGCGAAGAAGGGUGAGACCACUUCAGGUCAUGCUGCAGACUUGAACCGAGACUGGAGUAUCUGCCAUUUUUCUCCAGAUUGGUGUGGGGAUCUUGUUGCCUUUAAAAAGAAAAAUAAAAAAGUAAAAAAAAAAAAAAGAAAGAAAGGGAAACGCCAGGCUAGAUGAUCAACGUUUGGCCCACUGUGGAUAGUUUCUGGACCCUGCCGUGCACUCGAUUUAUCCCACACUGCCAUGACACAGAGGCCAUCGUGUACAUAACGGAUUUUCCUCUCUGAAGAGAAAGCUGUUGUUUGGAUACAGGCGCUUCCUAAAGCGCUGUACUACUUCUAAUAAGUACAUUUAGAUUUUACUUUUCUUUCCACAACUGGAAUCGUGCCGCAAGUGCCAAGACAACAUUUAUGAAUCAAAAGAAGAAAGAGAAAAAUAUUUAUAAAUCUUCCAAUGUUGAAAACAUGGUUAUGAUUGUUAAUAAAGAUAUCAAUAUAGAGUAGAAGUAAAGCCAUUCUGAUGCCUUCUUUUCUAUCCCCCCCCCCCCCCCCCUCCUUUAUAAGUGGUUGUUGUAGUACAGUAGUGUUGAAUCUGCACAUGUUUUCCACUGAAAGCUCUUACUGUAUUUGACUGAAACUCGUGUGGUUUAAACAGGGUAUAAAUGACUGUGUCAUGUAGUGUGUUUGUUUGAUUCAUUGUGAAUAUGAACUCCUUCAGACUAAUUUCUGAUGUCGAAACAUUUCGGCUGUAGCGUGAAGGUACUUCCCUCAGAGCAGAGAAGCCGUUGGAUGGAUUUGUUUGAACAAAGCACACCCAGACUAGCUGUGAGUCCACUGACCUUUAUGUUACAAGACAUAAACUGCAAAAAAAACAAAAAAAAGAAGACUGUCGGCUGCACAACCUGAUUCAUUGCAAACCGUGUAACCUUCACAAUGCAAGCAUGUACUGUUGCAUCUUUUAUUUUUAUUUUUAUUUUUUUUUACCAGAAUUAGAGCAAUGUGGAGAGUGAGGUCACCUCUGAACAAACCCAUGUUACUUUGAUGACUUUGACUAAGGAUUAAAGGGAGUGUAACGACAAUGUUGAAGCAGACAAUGAGCAAAAAUAAAUAAAGACAGCAAACAGUUUA